AAGGGUUCGAUGGUUAUGUGGCGUAACUUGCAUAAGUCUUUGGAUCCCGACAGACGUACUUUGCAUGCCGGCUGCCCCGUAAUCAAGGGCACCAAGCGAAUUUGCAAUAUUUGGGUCCAUUCUGGAUAUCAGGAAUUUAGCCAUCCCUGUGGUUUAAUACGUGACAACUACAAGUCGGCUCAUGUCAAAUAGAAAUAAUAAAUAAAUA